AACCCGUCUGACCACAUAAUUGAUUCUGGUAUCAGCUCAGGGCACAUAAAUUCUAGUUCUCCACUCCUUCCCGUCACUUGAUGCAAUCACACGGGGCCAGGGCAGCCAAAUCUUGGACUCCAUCAGUUGAUCCCACACAGCCCCAUCCACUGCCUCACCAGCCCCCAGCACCCUGAAGGGAGCAGCUAUUUAAGGGGAGCUGGAGUUCAGAACUAACCACAGAGUCUCUUGGAAGCAUCAACUCCAGCAUCGUCUGAGAGAGCUCUCAACAUGAAGGCCCUGUUGCUGUUGACAGCGAUCAUGGUCAUUGGUUUGCUGCAGGCACACUGCGAUUUGAUAGACUUCUCAGACAUGAUCAAGUACACAACGGGGAAGAACGCUCUUCUUAAUUACGGUGCCUACGGCUGUCACUGUGGUCUGGGUGGCAAAGGAGAACCCAAGGAUGCAACAGAUCGGUGCUGUCUUGCCCAUGACUGCUGCUACCGCCGUCUGGAGAAACGUAAAUGUGGCACCAAGUUCCUGAGCUACAAAUUCAGCAUGAGCCGUGGCAAAAUCACCUGUGCAAAUGAGGACUACUGCCAGAGAGGAGUGUGUCAGUGCGAUAAGAUCGCAGCCUAUUGCUUUGCUAGAAACCAGAAAACCUACAGCGUCAGGUACCGGCACUAUCCCAACCUCUUGUGCAAGGGAAGCAAGCCCAGCUGCUGAGCCGACCACCUCCUAGUCCGUCUUUCCCGGAGCUAGCCGUCUCCCACCCCGGAGGCAAGGCGGGGGCCGUCCCCUCCCCAGCGCCUCAAGCCGGUGGGCACUCCCAGUGUUCUCUUGUGAAUAAAACGUGUCAUCAGCAAGCA